AUGGUGUUAAAUGAUGUACAAAAAUUAUCUACCAUUUUUCCAAUAGCGGUUAAAUCUCUUAUUGAUUUGCAUCUUUCAUCAUCUUUGAAUUUGCUGAGAGUGAAUCCCAGGCCAAAGGUGAUUAAGGAGCUGUAUUGGAUUCCCUCUUCGGAAGGCUGCUACAAAAUCAAUAUUGAUGGUUGCUCGUUAGGCAACCCUGGAUAUGCAGGUGUAGGCAACCCUGGAUAUGCAGGUGUAGGGGGAAUCAUGAGAAAGCAUUUGGGAGCUGGCUCAUCUACUCCAUGGUUGGUGCUGGGAAAUUUCAACGCCACCCUGUACUCUCAUGAAAAACGUGGUCCAGGUAAGUUUAGUGUGAGCUCGACAAGUGAGUUCGCUGCUAUGAUGGAUACAGCUUCUUUGAUGUCCAUUCCGUCGAAUGACUGUAAGUUCACGUGGUCAAACAACCGCCAUGUGGGUAAUGUCCGUGUUGUUCUUGAUCGCAGUAUUUGUAAUGAGGAUUGGCUAUCCAUAUUUCCAGGGUGCACUCAGCUAGUGGUGGCUUCUAGCUAUUCGGAUCACUGUCCAUUGGUGGUUUCUUGUGAUGGGAUCCCGUGCCCUUCAAACAUCCCAUUCCGUAUGCUAAGAUUUUGGUCUGAGCAUCAUGAUUUUGUUAGUGUGGUUCUGUCCUCAUGGGUGGUACCUAUUAUUGAGACUCCUAUGUAUGUUGUUGCUGCGAAGUUGAAAAGGAUUAAGAUGGCGCUGAAGUCAGAAGUAGCUGCCAAGAAGGAUUAUGACUCAGCGCUUGUGUUACAAGAGAAGCUUUGGGCUAAAAAAUCUCAGUUAAAAUGGCUUCACCAUGGCAACCGCAACACUAAGUGUUUUCACUUGUCUACUAAGCUAAGACGAGGGAAGAAUCAUAUUAAAGAGAUUCAAGAUGGGGUUGGUGGUGUUUUAGCAUUUCCUGCAAGCAUUGGUCAGUUCAUCUGUGAACAUUUCGAGAGCUUCCACAAAAUGGAUAUGAUGGUUAAUUCGAAUGAUAUUUUGAGCUGCAUCCCUGAGAUCAUCACUAUGGAUGAUAAUCUGGCUUUAAUGGCUGUCCCAUCUAUUGACGAAAUCAAAGUGGCUGUCUUUGAUUUAGAUCCUCUUAGUGCCCUUGGUCCAGAUGGUUUUCCUGGGAUUUUCUACCGCUAUUGCUGGGGCAUUGUGGGUCCUGAGGUGUGCUUGGCUGUGCAGAAUUUCUUCUCAGAGAUCGUUGCCAUGCGGAUCUCUAUCCUUCUUCCUAGAUUGAUUUCUGAGGAGCAAGGCGCUUUUCAAAGGGGCAAAAUAAUCUCUUCCAAUAUUUGCAUGGCCUCUGAACUUGCAAAUUUGAUGCACUCUAAAUCCUUUGGUAGAGGAUUGGCUUUAAAGCUUGAUAUCAAGAAGGCAUUUGAUAAUCUUGAUUGGGUAUCUUUGUUUGAUGUGAUGCACAAAUUUGGGUUCUCCCAGCUCUUUAUUGACCAUUUGCACCAAAUUUUUCUAUCUUCAAAAUUAUCUGUUCUUAUAAAUGGUGGCCCUGUGGGAUUCUUUGGGUUGGGACAUGGCCUUCAUCAAGGGGACCCACUUUCUCCCAUCCUUUUUAUCAUUGCUGAAGAGGUCUUUUGUCGCGGUAUCUCGCUUCUUAAGAUGGAGAAUAAAUUCUACUCCCUUCCUGGUCCAAGAAAUGUCUUUUCCCCAUCUCACUUGCUUUAUGCCGAUGACAUUUUUGUCUUUAUUAUUGUAGAGCUGACAUUUAAUGAAGUUUUUGGACAAGUACCAAAG